AUGACUAUGUUCAACCACUGCGUCAACCAUGUCGCCAUCUCGGUGCCCAACCUCGAGGCCGCGAUCGAGUUCUACUCCAAGCUAUUUGGGUUUCGGUUCCUGCGGCCUUCGGGGUUGGCCAACAAGGAGGAGCAUCCCCAGGGCAUCACCUGGAAGAGUACAUUCCUUCCCCUCCCUCUUUGCCUCUCUCUUCCUCUGGACGCUCCAUCUCAGAAACUAACAAGGACAGCAGUCUACGGGAAAGAAUUAAAUUCCGUCAAAAUGGCCAUCAUGACCACCGGCAACAGUGUCGGAUUCGAGAUAUUUGAAUUCGUCGAUCCCCCUUACGACGGCAAGACGGCACCCUUGCAAUGGGGGCCGGGAAACUAUGCCAAAGGCGGGUGGUUCCAUGUCGCAUUCACGGUGCCGGACCCCGUGGCGACGUUGAGGGAGGCGGAGAAGAUGGGUGCCAAACUCGUGGGAGAAAUCUGCUCGCCUGCCCCGGGCGAGACGGUGAUUUAUAUGCAAGAUCCUUGGGACAAUGUGGUGGAGCUGUUGAGCUGUAGCUUUGAGCAUCUGAUCAUGAACGGCGUGGCGGCGUGA